AUGGAGACCGCCAGUCAUAUGAAUAAUGCCUCCUCAGAAACGUCUGAUGCUGUGCGAUCAGGCCACUGGCUGCCCGCCUUGCGACCGGAUUUCCUUGACAAAUCUCGCGAUGAUUCCCAUCCUGCGGCUAUGGCAGAGUCGGAGUCAAGAGCACUGGGCAAUGGAGAGAAUCACAUGGGACUUCCAACAUCAGACUCAGCAAACAAUACUACGGAGGGGACCUCGAUGAAAGAUACAUCCGCAACAUCAGCGAUGCAGGAAGAUCACAUAUCGGCGUUGAAACGUAACGCGAGUGAUUCCGCAGAUACAGGCCGGCAGUGGCCCUCACAACCUGCCGACACAACUUCUAGGACCGAUGAGCUGCCCUCAGAUAAUGACGAUGAGCGCCUGGAUCCUGCUUGGGGAAUCAAGCGCCUGGAUUCCGCCCAUAUCUUAGCCCAGGUCCACCGUUCGACAACCUUCCCAGAAUUUUCUGCACCAGAACCUUUGAACCCUCCUCCUAAUGUCGAUGCGCCUAAAAGGGAGCAUGAUAUACAAAUGGCGAAUGGCACAACAGAAUCCGCCGCUGCCACAGAGCAUGAAAGCAUUGCAGCAGAGCCUAAAACUUUGAACUGGAUGGAUGAUGACCAUGAUGGAACCCGAGAUCCUCCCUCAUGGACAAUACCAGAACAAGCAGAUAUAAUUGACGACGAGGCUCAACGAUUCGAUGAAGGUGUACCUCUAAUUCAGGCUGAAGGAAAAGUUCCGCAAGACCAUGACGAUGCCAAUGUGCAGUCCUCAGUCAAUCCCUUCGAAACAGAACCGGAUGAUGAAGAAACUAGCUUCUUCUCGAAGAUGAACGGUGCCACUGGUGAAGGUCCCGAGAGCCCGUCUCUGGGGAGAAAGUCUACUGCUCAGGUCCUAAGGUCAUUGGACUUCUCGGCCAAGGAUGCGCCAGAGUCCCCAGCCGUGACGGCCCCGACUGAGCCUUCAUUUUAUGAUGAGUUGGCUAAUGCACACGUGCCUGACAAUGAAGCGUCAAAAGGGCCGGAGAAGGAGGAUGUGGACUCAAUGUGGGCUGCUGCACUUGGUGACGACGAAUUCCUCGUCGAGGACGCCGAUGACCUUCUUCCGGACUCGGAGCCUAGCUCUCCCUCCUCUUUCCUUGCUUCUCUGAAAGAAACAUCAACAUUACCGGAUGACAAACUCGAUGGAUCAAGCACACAAGUGUCGUCGGGCACUACCAGCCAACAGAACCAAGGUCAAACACAAAAUACAGGCAAUCCAUACGCACCACAUCAACCAUCUACUUCGGACAUGGUCCAAUUGUCUCCAACGGGUCUUACCACGCACAACAAUGUUGGUAUCUCACGACCUGGACUGGCCCCUAUGAGCUCAUUUCAAGCACAUAUACAGCAGAGACCACCACCUCCUCAACCAGUUCAAAGCUUUGUGGACCAGGCAAAAGACGGUUACAAAUCCCCUUAUGAUUUACCUGUGGACAUCGCGAAACCAAGGAAGAGAGCCCACGUCCCUCAACCUGUCCAGACUACGAAAACGGUCGCGCCUCCACCAAGAAGUAGCAGUUUGUCUGAAAAACCACUCCAGUCCCCUUUCACCCCAAACGUUCGACCAUCAUCAGGAUCAGGGCUCAUGCCACCUCCCGCGCCGUUGCCAGCCAUUCAAUCUCGGAGCGCAUCGGCUUUCGCACCGGCCACAAAAGCUGACGUGCCGAAGUUCGGAUCCUCAAGUUUCUUUGAAGAAUUGCCUGUGAGCUCAAGACCGCGGCCACCUCCUGGUCACGGUCGCUAUACCCCACAACAAACCACCGUCUCACCACCCCAGCCGCUACACCUAAGUCCUCCCAGCGUCACACCUUCCCCCCCACGAGAGCGACCGUCUGCUCCUCAGGCAUCAGAUCCGUUCGCUCAAUAUCAAUUGAGAGCACCCGAGCGACUAGAUCCAUAUGCAAAUGUGCCACUUCAACCGCCCCCUACCGUACCAGCAGCUUCGACCACGAGAUACUCACCGGCACCUGCCACAUCAACGCUCGGCGCAAGAACAGGACCAUCUCCGCGAUAUUCGCCAGCACCACCACCCCAGCCUGUAUCUUCAGACCGAUAUGCGUCGCAGUCAACAUCACCUGCUGGUCCAUCUCAAGCUACACCACCGAUGCCCAACAGAUACGCAGCACAGCCCCCGUCUAAUGCCCCACCAGCUGCAAGCAUUCUCCCCUUUCAGCCUCGCACAUCAAGUCCUCUUGCACUCCACAAAAGCUCGAUUGACAAAAGUGCAAGUGAUGUUACACUUUCGAUGGCACAAGCCCCCAGAACUGGUGCACCGCCUCGCCAAGCGUCAUCCGCUGGGCUUGUAUCCUCCCAAUCAGUGAUUACUCCUGAAGGUCAAAGUUUUGCAGAUCCGGACAUUCAUACUUCACCUCCCAAACGUCCAGGCACAGAACGACUACCAGGUCCACGCCGAUCCCAAACGCAGUCUCCUUCCAAACAGCGUCCUCAGCCGGCCUUCACCACCUAUCCCAACGAUGUUAUGAAUCGGUCUACUUCUGUGUAUGGUCAACCAGCAACAAACAGAAACUUUUCGCAGUUGGAGACUGUGCCACCUACAAGGUUAAACGUUCAUGCCAGAGGACUGGCGCCUGAACUUGAUUUUGUGCGUCCUGUUGAUGAUACUCAAUUUGACCCGUUGGAACGCUGGAAAGGCGCUCCAAUAUUCACCUUUGGUUUCGGCGGCUCUAUACUGAGCACCUUUCCUAAACAUGUGCCGAGGUACGCUGCAGGCGCAGCAAGACCCCAAAUUAAAUCCGCGGCAGGCGAAGUGUCGAUCCGAAGCGUGAAAGACGUUCUUCCUCAGUCCGAGACGCUAAACAGUUUCCCUGGCCCAUUGCGAUCAAAAUCAAAGAAGAAAGAAGUGCUAUCUUGGAUGUCGACCUAUAUAUCUGAACUUGAGUCAUACAUGCCCAACGCUAUGCCAACCCAGACUCUUUCAGAUCCAGGAAGACGUCACCAUGAGAAGAUAUUACUCUGGAGGAUUGUUCGCUGCAUGGUGGAACAUGAUGGUGUCAUUGAUGGUCCCGCCUUGAAAGCUAUGAAUGUGAUCCUUUCGCCCGAAAUUCAUGCCUUGGAUGAAUCGACUGCAACCCAAUAUCGCGUAGACGAGCAAUUCUCAGGCAUCUAUCGUCCGUCGGGUGCUAAUGCACAACCGGACUCUAUAGAUCCGAUGGCAAUUGAAAUGCUCCGAAAGCGUCUUCUCAGCGGAGACCGACAAGCAGCAGUGAUUCAUGCCAUGGACAACCGACUAUGGUCUCACGCCUUGAUUAUCUCUUCGACUAUGGACUUGCCGGUGUGGAACCAAGUAGUACGGGAGUUUGUUCGUCAAGAAGUCAAGACUGUUGGAGCCAACGCCGAACCUUUGUCAGCGUUGUACGAGAUCUUUGGUGGCAAUCUCGAAGAAAGUGUCGAUGAACUAGUUCCGCCUUCUGCCCGUGCGGGAUUGCAAAUGGUAAGCAAGGUCGACGUUGGCGAACCGACCAAGAAUGCUCUCGAUGGUCUCAAUCGGUGGAAGGAGACACUAAGCCUUGUCUUGAACAAUCGUUGUCAAGGCGACCAUCAAGCUUUGGCAAUACUGGGCAAAUUGCUUGAAGAUUACGACCGCAUCGAAGCGGCCCAUAUCUGUUACCUUUUCUCGAGAAACCCGGCGAGACCAAUCAUCUUUGGUGGGGUUGACGAUGAACAGACACCCAUUGUUCUACUCGGCGCUAAUCACAGAUCCCAACCGUUUGAUUUUGGUCGCGACCAAGAGGCUAUUUUGCUUACCGAGAUCUAUGAAUUUGCAUCCAGUAUUCUUGCAGCGGGAUCUCCAAUUGCCUAUAUGCCGCAUCUUUCUGUGUACAAAUUGCAACGAGCAACAGAUUUGGCAGAAAGGGGCCUGAAAUUGGAGGCACAAUCUUAUUGUGAUGCAAUUACAGCAACAUUCAAGUCUAGCACGAAGAUGUCACCAUACUAUCAUCCUCUAUUCCUAUCCGGACUGGAUGAUCUAUCAAACCGACUAAAACAAGUACCGAUUCAGGGAAGCUCAUCUUGGAUUGGAAAGCCGAGCCUUGAGAAAGUGUCCGGUUCGAUGUGGACUAAAUUUAGCAGCUUUGUCGUGGGUGAAGACAGCGAUGCAGAAUCAAAAGCCUCAGGGAAAGAUGUGGCCGAACCAGUUCCGUUUGCUAAUGUCGCCGGCACUCCUUCGAUCAGCAGAUCAGGUUCCCAGUCUGACCUGUAUGGAUCAUACCCGCAAAGUGCCCCUGUGACUGUCGCGGGAUCCAGAUAUGCUCCCAAUGGAGUGCAGUCCUCUCGGUCCUCCUCUGAGCUAGUCCGGGGACAGUCCUCCCUUGAUUUUCAGAGAUCACCACCAUCAACCUCUUACUCCCAAGGCAGUCGUCAAUAUGGCCCAGUGAACAUGUUUCAGCCGGGGCAAGUAGCUCCGCUACCGAAUCCUUAUCGGUCAUUCGCUACACCUUCACCGUCGACCUCUUACCCUCAAAGUCCCCCGAGGUCAACGUACAUGCCAAAAAAUGCUAUCCAAUCCACACCGCCAAAUACGUCCCCAACGAAUCACGAAACUUAUGCACCGAGCUCAUCGUUUGGACAACCCCAACAAUCCGAUGGCGGUACCCCUGCGCAGAUGCCGGACUCCCAAAGCCAGGAGCAAUCGGUAGCAUAUGGUGGCUACGAACCACCACGGCAGGAUCCGACACCGCCUGAGCAGAAUGACGAUCGUGAUGUAGGAUAUGAACCUUCUUCUCAAUCUUAUGGCUAUGAGCCCCCCAUUAGCACCGGCUAUGUCCCUUACGUCCCUGAGCCCGAAUCGCCCGAAGAUGGCCCGAAUGAAGAGAAACCUAAAAAGAAAUCAUUCAUAGAUGACGAUGAUGACGAUUUCCCUCGAACCUCGUCUCAGGCUCCACCAUCCGAAUCCAAACGCUCGGUUGAUGAAGACGAAGCUGCACGUAGACGUGCAAACGAUGCGGUUGCGGACGCUGCCUUCCGUGCAGCGGCAGAAGCAGAUGCCGCGAGGGAUAAGGAAAAGGCUCAAUCCAAGAGAUCUUCAUCAUGGUUUAGUGGAUGGUUAGGAGGCAAAAAAGCAGCAGAUGGCCUCGAUGCGGGUUCAGGCAAAGGGUCCGAGCCAAAGGUUUACCGGGCCAACCUUGGCGAAUCAAAAAUGAAGCUGUAUUACGAUAAGGAGUUGGGUAAAUGGGUAAACCCGGACAACCCAGACGCAGCAAAGAAGACUGCAACCCCUCCACCACCAAGAAUGGGCAGCACUCCUGCUCCUCAGGUGAGUUCUGGUGGACCUCCUAGAGCUCCUAACUCUGGCCCGACCUCCCACCCAAGUCUACCAAACUUUAGUACGGGCCCUCCAUCUGCACCGUCCAGCCGAGCAGGAACACCGGCUAGCGGUUCUGGCCUACCUCCUGUGCCAUCACCCCUUCCAGGCGUCUCUGGCCCGCCAAGUGGCUCUGGUACCCCCCCACCAGCCCCAACUUCAGCUCCUGGUCUUGUUCCACCGCCUGGACUGGUCUCUCGGCCGGGUACGGCGAUGAGCAAUUCCAGCAGCAUUGACGAUCUCAUCGGGCCAGCGACUGGACGGAAAGGUCCAAAGGGAGGAAAGAAGGGAGCGAAAUCUGGCCGCUACGUCGACGUCAUGACCAAAUGA